AUGGAAGAGGAAGAGAGACUUGUGCUCCUCAGAGAGCGUAUGAAUCUCCAAAAGGAAAUUUCCGAAAUCCGAGAGGAAUUGAGAAAGGCAGAAGUAGCGGCUGAAACCAUCAUGAGGCACAAUGAUCUGUACAGGCAAGCUGUUGCUGGGAAGGUCUGCAAUCUCUCGGAGGUACCGGGAGGAUUGUUAGACUACUUCGUUAGCGGAGUCCACCCAGUUUUCGAAAAAAAGACUGAUUCACCAUUCGUUCAAGAUCUUUCAAAGGACAUCUGUUACACAUUUUAUCAAAAAUACAAAAACUCAAAAGAGGCUCAAAAUACUGAGCGUGUUGUAGACGUUACUGACGGCGCUGCAGCAGAAAGCCAGUCUGCCAAGGGGCCAUUUAACGAAUUUAGAGGCAUGUUUGAUGCCGCUCUUGAGAGUCCCAGUUCAUACACUUGUACUGACGAUGAGAUUCCAUUUUUCGAAGAGGAAGAUUUGGAGCAGUACGGAGAGGAUGACGAAGAAGAUCUGUAA